CACACACACAGCCAAUAUAUUUGAUUUCAAAUUUCUAUUUCGACAUUAUCGAGCUGGCAAUGUGUAAUUAGAACGAAAAAAGCUCAUUUUUUUAACACUGCAUUUUUUGUGCUAUUGUUUGUUUCAUAUAUUCAAAUUAUAUUUGGUUUUCAUUUCGAAAACAGUAAAAAAAAAAGAUUUUCUAUUAUCGUUACAACAAAAAUGGACGAUAUAGUACCGUUUAAUAUCCAUAUCACUAAUGAUGUUGAUGAUGAUGAUGAUGAUGAUGAUGAUGAUGAUGUUGAUGAUGAUGAUGAAGAUGAUAAUGAAAAAGUUUAUGGUGAUGAUGAUAUUAAUUCAAAUUUUAUGUUAAAAAUAAUUGAUCGUAUCAAAAUACGUUAUGGAAAACAACCGGCACACAUUUGUUCACCCGAUUGUUUACGAUUAUUUCCAGAUGAUAAUCAAUCAGAUUUUUGGCUAUCAAAAAAUCCAUACCUGAAACCAAUGGUUAAAAAUUUUGCACGUAUAGCUGUAAAAAAUCCAACAAAACGUUCGAUUGAAAUAUGUUAUAUUUCACCUUGUGGUAAACCAUUAACAACAAUUGAAAACAUCCAAAAAUAUCUUCUACUAACCAAAUGUAUGGAUCUGACAACGAUUAAUUUUACAUUGUCAAAAAAUUUUGUUCUUCAAAAAAUAUCCAUACAAGAAAAAGCACCAACCAUAAUGGAUAUUUCGAAUGGUCUUGAACCGAUACCGAUAUCAGCCGUAAAUUCGAUUACAAAUAAACCAUUCAAUUCUAGUCGUCGUUAUAUCAAAAAUUCCGUUUAUGAAUCAAAAACAUAUCUAAAUGUUAAACAUAUUGUCGAUAAUAUUAAUCAAUGUAAUGAUGAUGAUUGUUCAACACUUUGUCAUAGUAGAUGUAAAUGUGCAGGAGGGGAUACAAGUUAUCGUUAUAAACGUCUAUUUCAUUAUUCAUCGGAACCAAUUUUCGAGUGUACAUCAAAAUGUGGCUGCUCAAUACAUUGUAUGAAUAAGGUUGCUAGCCUCGGUAUUCAAUGUGAAUUUCAAGUAUUCUUUUCUGGUAUGAAAGGUUGGGCUGUACGUGCUACACAUUUCAUAUCGAAAGGAACGUAUGUAUUUUCAUAUGUUGGUGAAUUAAGUCAAACAAAAUAUCAUAAAGAAAAAAAACUUGGUUCCGAUGAAUAUACGGCAACUAUUGGUGUAUAUGAAAAAAAUGAAAAAGGCAUAUUACGUAUCCAUGAUUCAACUGAAUAUUCUGAUUCCGAUGAAAUCGAUUCACAUGUAAUGCUAUUGGAAGGUUUAUCUGAAUCAAAUCUAGCAUGUUAUGUAAAUCAUUCAUGUAAUCCGAAUCUAUUCUCACAAUUAGUGGUCAUCGAGAAUGGCCAUGGACAAUUAGUACCAACAUAUGGUUUAUUUGCCAUACGAGAUAUAAAUCCAUUCGAAGAAUUAUGUUGGGAUUAUCAUUAUUCAUUGACAGAAUCAUUGCCAAUGGAUUGCCAUUGUGAAGCAACAAAUUGUCAUCAUUGUGUAAAAUGUCUUAAAGAUAAAGAAAUUUUUGUCAUCUGAUUCAUUUUUGAUUCAUUCAUUAAUUUGGAAUGUGAAAA